AUUCACGGAGGGAGGAUAUUCGAUUUGGUUGUUUUUGAAUGACCAAGAGAAAUUACGCUUUACUAAAAAUGAAGUCCGUCAAUACUUGUGUCGCCAUCAUCCGAUUCAACGAGACAUUACAUAUGACAGCACACUUGUAAUUUUCACCAUCAGAUCUCAGGCUUUAUAAUCGCCGCUACCGGAAAUUUACCCAGAUUUAAGGUCGACGCCCGGCGACGAUCAUCACGUUAGCCGAAACUACGAUGCCCCGUAGAUCGUUCAACCUCUUUCUCUUCCUCGUUCUGCACUGCCAAAACCUUAUCCUAACUUCUUCAACCCAAUCGUCUACACCACUUCUCAACGUUUCCCACUAUCUCUACCCCAAAGCCACCUCCUUUCUCUUCUCUCAACCUCCACCUCCUCCUUCUCAGCCCUCGUACUUAUUGAAGGAGGUACUGGAGUCUAUUUCGAAGGGAGAGAAAUGGGAUUUGGAGGAGAUUAGGAUUUCGAAACUGAAUGCUAAGAGAGCCAAGUUUGGCAAUGUGAGGAAGUACGAGUUUGGGGUUAGGUUGGGAAAGACUGAAAUCGUGUUCAAGGUGUUUGAUCAAGUGUCCAAGUGGAAAAAGUUUGAAUCAUUGGGGAAGAGGAAUUGGUCUGACUUUGAGUCUCUGGUUAAAGAGAUUGGCUCCAACGCUGUUCUUGAUGGAUUUAAGAUUGAAGGUCCACUGGAAUUGUAUGCUGCUGGUGAUGAUUAUAGUUUCUCGCUCAAUUUGCCGUUAAACAUUUCAGUUCCUUGUUUGAAACAAAUACUGGUUAGUGAAGGCAUGACAGUAGAAGUGGAAGGUGCUGAAGAAAUAACUGUAUUCCAUACCCAUCCCUCUCCAAACGGACCACUAUAUGGGCAUACUUUCAGUAACUUGAGGAGCAAGUUUCCUUCUUCAUGUUCAUCAUCACUUCCAAUACGUGUUAGAGGGUCAGCACAUGUGUCUGUGUUCAAGACUCAAAGCCCCAAUUCGGCCAUAAAACCCUCUUUUCUAUCUGGAGACACGAUCAUGUUGCUUCCAGAUAAGUGUUAUACAGGAAACGUCCAAAGAAAACAGAGUUCGGUAAUUGAUUCUCUUAGCAAGAAGGCAACUUUACUGGAAAAUGCUUUGAAGAGUUUUGUGGGUGGGAGAGCCGAUAGAAAAACUGGAUUUGGCCUAAAAAUAAGGAUCAAACCGUCAAUUGUUAUUCGGUUCCAGAUGGAGUUGGAGAGAAAUAUCCGUAACAAUGACACUCAGUGGAGUACGUUAGGUGAGUGGAGGACAAGGCCGAAGGCUGAACGCGUUUGGUUUGAGGUGGUGGCAGGAAUUAGGGAAGGGUCACUGAAGCCACUAAUGAUGAAGAAAUUCCGACCUUUUGUUGAAGUAGAUUCAUUGUCGUGGAGCAGUUUGAUGUCAAAUGUUUCAUUCACAAAGAUUCCGUCCCUCCUUGUUACUUCAGAGCCGCUAACACUGGAUGUCAAGUGGUGACCAAGGGGGUCAUCACUUUGUUCACUGCUGGCAAUUAAACUGUGAGUUUUUCUGCAUUAGUUGGUGUCAAUGAGCAGAGCCCAAAGAGAAGAUAAGUUCCUCAAUCUCCGCCACACAUUGCAUUAAAAACGUCUGGGUGGAGAGUGGAUAGAUAAUGACCACCCAUGACCCACCCCACCCCAUCCCACCACCACUCUUCACUUCUUCCUGUGGGUAACAGAAAUUCUCCCAGAAUGUGUUUAUGUGAGCUGGAAUCUACUCAUAAUAGAGCAUUGAACAUCCUCCCCUGUUUCACAAUGCUGUUAGGAGGGUAUAGAGCUUGCUGACGAAAAGGGUAACACUCCAAGCAGUUGCAACCCAAGUAGUCUCUCUUUGUGAUUAUAAAUCUUUUAAAUAUUAUAAUCAUAUCAAAUCUGAACGAGAUAUAGUCCUGGAAUGGAAUAUAAAGAUUUGCAGUUGCGUUUCUCUUGUAAAAGGUUUAACUAAUCUCUCGUUCAUCCGGUUCAGGUAGAUACAAUAUUUAUUAUGCAUUGUGUACGUAUGUGCGUAUACAGACAUGUAUGUAUAUAUGCAAGUGGAGUUUUGCAUUUUCCA